AUGGAGUACACGCCGCCCCCCAAGCCGCAGCUCUCCUCCCGGGCCAACGCCUUCUCCAUCGCCGCCCUCAUGUCGAGCGGCAGCUCCAAGGACAAGGAGUCCCCCGAGAGCACCAUCAAGCCUCUGGAACAAUUCGUUGAGAAAUCCUCCUGCGCCCAGCCUUUGAGUGAUUUAUCCAGCCUGGACCCUCACGGGGAUUUUAGCAGUAGCCCUUCUUCCCUGUGCACCGAGCCCCUCAUCCCCACCACCCCCAUCAUCCCCAGCGAGGAGAUGGCCAAAAUCUCCUGCAGCCUGGAGACCAAAGAGCUCUGGGACAAGUUUCACGAACUGGGUACCGAGAUGAUCAUCACCAAAUCCGGGAGGAGAAUGUUUCCAACGAUCAGGGUUUCCUUCUCAGGAGUGGAUCCUGAAGCCAAGUAUAUUGUGUUAAUGGAUAUAGUUCCUGUGGACAAUAAAAGAUAUAGAUAUGCCUACCACAGGUCUUCCUGGUUAGUGGCUGGAAAAGCUGACCCUCCUCUCCCUGCAAGGUUGUAUGUGCACCCUGACUCCCCGUUCACAGGAGAGCAACUGCUGAAGCAGAUGGUGUCCUUUGAAAAAGUCAAACUCACCAACAACGAGCUGGAUCAGCAUGGCCAUAUAAUUUUGAACUCCAUGCACAAGUACCAGCCAAGGGUGCACAUCAUUAAGAAGAAGGAUCACACAGCUUCUUUGCUAAAUCUGAAAUCAGAAGAGUUCAGAACAUUCAUCUUUCCAGAGACAGUUUUUACUGCUGUUACUGCCUACCAGAAUCAAUUGAUAACCAAGCUGAAAAUUGACAGCAACCCUUUUGCUAAAGGAUUCCGUGACUCUUCCAGACUCACUGAUAUCGAGAGAGAAAGCGUGGAGAGCCUUAUCCAAAAGCAUUCCUAUGCUCGAUCCCCCAUCCGGACCUAUGGAGGAGAAGAUGAUCUUGGAGAUGACAGCCAGGCAACACAAAGUAGAGGGUCAGCCUUUACAACAUCUGAUAACCUGUCCCUCAGUUCCUGGGUUUCUUCUUCAACCAGUUUCCCAGGAUUUCAGCAUCCACAGUCUCUGAGUGCCCUGGGUACCAGCACUGCAUCCAUAGCUACACCCAUUCCUCAUCCGAUCCAAGGAUCUCUGCCUCCGUACAGCCGCCUGGGAAUGCCUCUGACACCCUCUGCCAUAGCCAGCUCCAUGCAAGGUAGCGGCCCCACCUUCCCAUCCUUCCACAUGCCAAGGUACCACCAUUACUUUCAGCAGGGUCCUUAUGCAGCUAUCCAAGGACUCCGUCACUCCUCUGCAGUGAUGACACCGUUUGUAUGAGUGACGUACCGCAAGUGGAACACAAGAUUUUAAACGUGCAAGUUUGCUAUGACAAAAUACAAGGGACCUUCCAGAAAGGCCUGUGGCAGGAGUGCUGAACUCAUGACAAACCAGCUAAAAAAAUGCAUCGUGGAUACAGAUUCCUCUUUUGAGGGAUCACAAGAAGAGAGCAUGCAGCUUGGAGCUGCUCACAGAUCUAUGUGUAACACAGCCAAAAUGGAUCCCAAAGUCCCCAGGACCUUUGGUCGCGUGCAGCUUGUUCCAAAGGUGCAUUAUUCCUAGUGGAAAGAGAUUAUCUUUAAGCAGCAGUGUACAAACUAAUUGUCUAUAGGUCUUUUUUCAUAUGCUAGAUGAAUUCUAAAAAAGGCAAUACUCUUACUCAUCUUCAUCUCUUCUUGUGACUGAUGAGCAUCUAAACAGAAAAAUGUAUUGCUAUAACUUUGAGCAUGUUUUAGGCUAUCUCAGCACAUUUGCUGAAAACAGGACAAAGUGGAGAAGAUCACUGUCCUUUUUAAGACUGGCAUAUAUUCACCAAAACCAGUAUUUCUUAGUUGCUACUAUAAUCACAAAGAGAACGUUAUUAACAAGUCUUUCUUUCUUUCUUUGUUUCUUUCACAAAACACUUAUCGGUUCCAAAAAAAGAACUGUGUUACAGGACUGUAAUAGUAAUACUGUAUUCUUUCCUUCUGUCUAAAAGGAAGUUGGUCCUAAAUCUGAGGAGGAACAAUUUAACUGUCGGUUAAGAUAUAAUGAAGAAAAAUUUUGAUUUGGAAAAAUCUGUUACUUAAACUUAGAAACCCAAGAUUCCCAAUUUUAAAGCAGUGCUUGUCUGCUGCUGUGUGUGCCACUGAAGACCUGUUUCCAGCUGCACACGUGUACCAAGUUAACCCAAUUUCAGUCUAGAUCACUCUAUAGACUCUCUGGAUCAAACUAUAAUUAAUGGAUUGGUAUGAGUGGCAUUGGAGUAUCUUUCCACUUGUUCUGAUUUUGUUGGGUUUGGUUAUGGCUGUUAUUACAAAAGGCAUCAGCUUGGCCAGAAAAACCAGUUUUUUCAUGUCCCGCUAUAACAGUGGAGUUUCCUUGGAAAAAUAUCAGUACAGAACUUCACACAAACGUUUUUUUUUUUUUUUU